GGAAUAAAAAAUGAAAAAGAAGGCUCGAGUGUGUGUCUGCACGAGUCGGGAUCACUAGAGGCGACAGCAACCACGCCUUUCUAAACGCAACCAGUGGAAGAAAACGUUGAGAAAAAUUAAAAAGGGGGAAAGGAAGAAAGAGGAAAACCGAGGAGCAUUUUAACCAACAUCCCUGAGGCUCGAUUGUUUGGGGUAAAACUAAAAAGAACACACAGUAGAAGUGUGGUGUGUGUGUGAGGUUUUCAAUGGCGAACCCAGGAUCAUCCUCCUCCUCCUCAUCUUCGUCAUCGAAGGGGAAGUGGAGAAACCUCUCAACCUACGCUGCUCGCGUGUUUUUUGUCCUCAUAUUUCUUCAAAUUCCCCUUUUCAGGGUUCCAUGUAGAUCUGGUAUAUGUACAACACCACUGCAGGUGACCUCGUGCCAACUGAUAUCGAGCGAAAUAUUUCCUCUUCCAGUAGUGAAAGCUCUGCUCUUUCCGGGUGCUAUCUUGGAUGGUCUGAUCUACAAUGCCACAGUUCCAAAGUGGGAUGAUCUUCUCAACAUAUAUAACUUGACCAACGUGAAGGAGGCUUCUCCUGUGACUGACUUGCAGCGCUUGGAGGUUCUUGCUGGUAGUUACUUUGCAGUGGCUGGUGGGCUUAUCGGCCUCAUAAAACCUGGGAGAAUGAGCAUGUUUGGAACCCUUCUAAUCAUCUGGGGGCUUGUCAAAGAAGGUAUUCUUGGAAAGCAGCCAGUGAAUGAAGACCCGACAGGUCCAAGAACAGUCUUUGUUUAUCCAACCAUGUUAAUGGCUCUAGUCUGUGCUUUCUUGUCGGUUAAGUAUGACAUGAAGAAAGUCUUGCGAAGCGCUCCAGCGCAGCCCAUUGCAAAGCCUCUGCAGAGCUCUAAAAAGUCGAAGUUGAAAUGAGUGUGUAUCUUCGAGAAAAUAGAAAAUGGUGUCUUUUGUUAAGUUCCGCUUAGUCUAGAAUUAGCUCUAAUCUUAGGCUAAAACUCAUGUAAUUGCAUCACAGAGAAUUUCAGCAGUUGGCUUGAUUUGUCUUGAGUUUGUGCUGAGGAAGUUUCUUUCUUAAAAUGAAUCUGCUAGCAGAAGCAGCACCUUGAUGAACUCUGGGUUGUAUUCCUAAUGAACGUGGGACAGAAAUGAACUAGCGAAGGGUCCAGAUAUCUUUUUGAUUCAAUUGAGAAUUUCAAGAUGCAUUGUAAAUUUAUCGUCUUCCAGUUGUUAUACUUGCUUCUUAGAAGAAAAUUACAGGAUGCUUUGAAAACUAACUUCUGAAAUUUUUUCAUCUUUUCCCUUAAACCCAAAAAGAAAAGAAGUAAUCUCAUGAGCUUGUUAGGUUUUUAUUAGUGCAAAGUUACUGUUAGUUUGCAACAAG